AUGAAUAUCAGAGUUUGUACCAUUGGAGCUUUAGCUGUUGGCGCAGUAUUCGUUAUUAUUGGCAUUAUUUCUCUUACUGUCGUUCCGUUGACGAUAAACAAGGAAGUUAUCAAGAAUGAACAUUUGGGUUUCGAUGAGAAUCAUACUUAUAACACAAUGACCCAACGUUGGAUUGAACAGAAAUAUUCAAUGAAACUGAAAGUGUGGACCGUUUCUGUAGCAAAUCCAGGUGAUGUCAUUCAACACGGGAGUUAUCCUGCACUUGUUGAAAAAGGACCAUAUGUUUUCACGGAGUAUCGGAAGAGAGUGAAAGUGGAUUUCAUGCAAAAUAAUACUCGAGUAUUAUUUCGCAAUCAACGUUAUUACAUCUAUAAUGAAAAUGAAUCAUGCGCGAAUUGUAGUCUAAAUGAUCUGGUUACGAUACCGAAUAUUAUGUUCCAAUAUAUAAUCAAUAUUGCUGCUAAAAGUUCUGCGAUGGUGAGAGAACUGAUCAUAGCUAUUCUUUAUCGUUUCAAAGAUGAAACACCAUUUAUCCGUGUUACCGUGAAUCAGAUGCUUUUUGAAGGAUAUAAUGAUCCAUUGAUCGAAGAGAUUUGUAGUAAAAGCUUAAUUUCUUCCUUAUGUAUUCUUGCAGGGAUUCCAGCGCGCAUAAAAUUCUUGGAAAAUGGUACAGACAGUGGCGAAUAUUUGAUUGAUACUGGACUAGAAAAUAUUAACAGAAUUGGUCGGGUAUAUGCGUGGAAUGGACGAAAUGAAACACCGUGGUGGGGCACUGCACAAGCAAGGAAAAUUAAUGGAACAGAUGGAGAGAUAUUUUCACCAUUCUUAUCAUCAUCGAAUGAUUUGCCCAUUUUUCUUGGAGAGUUGGGAAGAUCAAUUUACCUACGUUACGACAAAUCAGUGAUGCAUGGUCAAAUACCAUCAUAUCGCUUCGUGAUUCCAUCAGCAGUUUAUGAUCCGUUUUUGCCAGAAAAUAAAGGAUUCUGUAACGAAGAAACACCACGUUAUUUCAGCAGUGAUAUACAACCUCAAGGAUGUCUACCUGCCGGUAUGUUUGAUAUUGGUCGCACAAAGUUUAAAUCCUCUCAUGUCUAUUUAUCUGGUGCUCAUUUUUACCAGUCACUUCCACAGGUUUAUCAAAAUUUCACCGGUUUCAAGCAUCCGGAUAGCAGCGAUGCGUCAUAUAUUGAUAUUGAACCAUACACGGGCGUUAUUGUGAGUGCUUUUGCAGCUUCUCAAAUUAAUAUUGGAAUGAUCAAUAGCAAUUUGUAG